AUGUCGAAAUCCGCGUUAGUCUUCGGCGCCUCAGGCGUAACAGGCUGGUCCUUCGUAAACGAGCUCCUCAACGACUACCCCAAGCAAGGUCUCUGGGGAAAAGUGCACGGAUUAACCAACCGCCCCUUGUCGCAAGAGCAAUCACAGUGGCCCAAUGAUCCCCGGCUGAACAUUGUGUCCGGAAUCGACCUUCUCAAGAGAAGCCAAGAGGAUCUCGAACACGAAUUGAAGACGAAGGUCGACGGGAUAGAAGACGUCACGCAUGUGUACUAUCUCGCGUACAAAGCCGGUACAGACGUGCAGAAGGAGCUCGAAGAGGCGGUUGCGAUGUUCAAACGGAGUACGAUUGCGCUCGAUCGAUUGAGUUCGAAGUUGGAGUUUGUGGUCUUGCAGACGGGGGCGAAGAUGUAUGGGUGUCACCUCCUAGAAAACCACCCAACAGACUACCUGCACGUCCCGCACAAAGAGUCCCAGCCCCGGCUCAAACAGCCGUACCACGACAUGCUCUUCUACCACCCGCAAAUGGACUGGCUGACCGAGUACGCGAGGGAUAAGAAGUGGAGCUGGUGUGACACGCGGCCGGACAUCAUCAUCGGGUUCGUCCCGAAUCAGAAUUUCUACUCCCUCGGUGGCGUGGUGGGGAUCUACCUCAGUCUGUGGAAGGCGGUCGAGGGCGAAGGCGCGGAGUGUCCGUUCCCUGGUACGGAGAAGUCGUGGGUGGCGCAGAGUAACGAUAGUAGUAGCGAUAUGAUCGCCCGUCAGACGAUACAUUUGUCGUUGAGCGAGAAGACUGAGAAGGGUGGUGGGUACAAUGUCGCUGAUGAGAAGACGCCGAGUGAUUGGAAGGCGAAGUGGCCGAUUCUGUGCGAUUACUUCGGUCUAAAGGGGACUGGACCUACAAGCAACCCGCCGGAGAUCAGAAAGUAUAUCAAGGAUCAUUUUGCGGAAUGGCAGAAGUUGGAGAAGGAAUAUGGGUUGCAGACUGGCCAUGCUGAUAGCGACAAGACUUUCCCCGGGUUCGAAUAUUUCUUAAUGACGCAGUUCGAUUUCGAUAGGCAGUAUGAUAUGACGAAGAUGUAUGGUACUGGAUUUACGGAGGAGAGAGACACGCGAACAGCCUGGGGCGGAGUGUUUGAUCGAAUGAGGAAGGCCAAGAUCAUCCCAUGA